CUGUUCCCUAUGCAGCGAGUGUUCGGGGUGGAGUACAGUGGAAUAAAAUAGUUGUUUUAUUUAUUUAUUUAAAAAUCGUCCGGCUCUGACAGCAGAGAUGCGAUAAUAUGAAAAAUAUAUUUUUUUUAAAGAAAGGAGGGCGCGCGCCGGGGAAAGUUUGUCCCGAGGGUGUCCGCGGGUCGCGCUUCUCGGCGGUCUCGGACCCUCGACUCUUAAAGAUGGCUGGCUGCGGGUCCGAGGACGCUCCGCGGCGAGGGGAAGGAUCCGCUCCGCACCGCGGCUGUCUGUAAAUAUUAUACACGUUUUCCUCCGCGCCGACCGACGCAGCAGCGUUGUCGCAGGUCCGAGAGCCGCCGCGGCGCACACGCACCAUAAUAAUAAUAAUAAUAAUAGGAUUUGGGAUUUCGGACCCUCGCGCGGUGCGUAAUGGCGUCCUCCGCGCAGCUCCUCGGUUGCUCCCCAGACUUCUACUAGAGAAACAUAAAUGGGUUUGCCCCAAAAUGGAGACCCAGCUGGCUUCAGUCCUGACCAGGGGCAGCCUGGAUGUCCAAAAUGGCAGCCAGCGUGCAGAGGGAUCGGGCCCAGCGACAGAGGGCUGUUUGGACCCAGAGGAAGAGACCUCACACUGUACAGUACCGGGCAGCCGCCCGCAGUGCCCCGAACCGGCAGCGCGGACCAUCAGACGGUCUGCGCCGUCAAUCAAUGGGAAUAAGCCAGAGGUGGGCGGGACUUCUAAGCGAGCCUCUCAGGAAACAAGGAGGAGCGGCGCGUUUAGACAGCCAAUCACAGUCAAGACCGGAGUGCCCGUGUUACGCAGCCAACCAAUCAGACUCAAAAUUGUCGUCCCCGCACGGUGCAAGCGGCCAAUCACAGACGCGGCUGCCGUCGGCCCGGCCAAAGACUUUACUCGCUCACGUUUGGGAAGAUCUGUUUCGGUCUCAGCUGGAGCAAAAAGAAACGGUAACGUCACGAUAUCUGCUUUUAAGAAUGAAGAGGAGAUCACAGAAGCUGCUUAUCAUGAGACUGAGGAAGCUGAGCCAGAAUCAUUCCACGAGCAAACAAAGUGCAAAGACAAACAUUUUCCGGGUGUUAAAAUCAUUCCCGCUGACACGUCAGAAACUCCUUUAAUAUCAAGCGUCGAUACGGAUAACGUAUUGAGCCUGAAAGGGGUUAAAGAGGAAACUGCAGAGAGAGACAUUGAGGAAAAUAUUCCUCUCAUUUUGAAUGAUUUGGAUUUGAAGUCUCGUUUGACGUUUGAUGAAAUGGGACCGGAGGAGCAGACGGAGCCAUUGGACCUGAGUUUGCCCAAGAAAACGGCGAGCCGAGAGAGAAGGUGUGAGUCCUUCCUGGACGACUCUGGCUGUGAGAGCUCGCUGAUUAUGGAGGUGGAUGAAUACGAGGGAGAGGGAGACAGGGACAUAGUAGAAGAGGACGACGACGCUGAAGCAGACGUCUCCGCUCUGCGUGUGGACGCUGGCGACACCCUCGAGGACUCUCUCCUGUCUCCCUCCUUCUUCUCUACCUCCGUCUUUACCUCCCUCCCCGCUAUAGACUUUGACGCCAAUGACCUUCUUCUCAUAGACGACGAGGGAAUACCCUACACGCUCGAUCAGGACGGACUCAAGCUGCCCCAGGUCGAUGAGGGGCAAGGGACGGGCUCAGCGCGAUUGUCCACGUUGGCCGAUCCUAGCCUCAGCCAAAGUUCAGACACUGCACUAAAUGCACCUUGUGAUCAUCUUUACUACUCACCAGCCCCCGCCGCCGAUCUUCUGUCAGUGAACGGCGGUCGAACGAAGCCCCCAGAAGUCUUUACGAGUUCGGUUGCGAACCCAGAGAGCUCUGAAGCCGCAGAGCCAGCCGUCGAAACUGGUCAGGAGGCUGGAGGUGUUAAUUUAAUCCCCGGCCGGCCCGUUCAGAUCCUCACUAACCCUUCCAGUAACGCUCCUAUUCUCCUGCUGUCCUCCCCCUUUUCCUCACCCCGGCUCCCCUCAGCUCAGACGGGCAUCUCGCUUCCCCUUUCAGUGACUCAGACCUCCCCCGGUGCUUCCAGCCCAAUGUUCCUCCUCCUUUCGUCCGUGGCCUCUUCCUCCGGUGACUCCGCCUCUACCUCCACCCCCAUCGCCGUCCUGGACCCUACGACCGGUCAGUUGUCCCAGAUCACGGCGGCCCCGGCCCACGUCUCCCUCCCUUUGCCCCCCGGUCAGCUCGGCGCGACGGGAUGUCCGCCCCUGUCCACGCUGUCCUAUCCCGUCAUCAGACUAAGCCCCAAAACGCCGCCCGAAAUCCCGCCGGGGGCAGGGACCAAUGUGAGCUCCCGCUCGGUUCUCGCUUCUCUGAGCGUCUGUCCGUCCCCUCCCGUCCCUCAAAGCGGCCGCGGCGGCGCGGGCGUCCCCUCUCAAGACAGCCCGUCCCACUCGAACCCCGGAAGCGAAGCCAUAGCUGCAGAAGAAGUCUCGAGUGAAAACGACAAGCCAUCGACUCUUACAGCAUCCUCCCCGCCCCCGCAGCCUGCCAGUUUGACCUGUGACCCCUCGGCUCAGCCCCGCGCGGAGGCCCGAUCGCCAGCCUCCGAGCCGGGGUUCGACCCGUCUGACCUGCACUCGGAACGCUUCCCUCUCGACGACCAUCUUUACUUUUCCAGCGCGGCCGCUCCUCCCUCGCCUCCCGUCGGAGCCGCGCUCCCCUCCGACAGUCUCGUCCCCCUGGACCCCCUGGACCCCCUGUCUCCGGAGGGGUCGCCCGACGCCAUGGGUCCCCGCAGGGUGCUGUACUGCCAGCUGUGCCCGCGGGUCUUCUUUUACCUCUCCGACCUCGAGCGCCACGCCAUCACGCACUCGCAGAAGAAGCCGCACGUUUGCCAGCAGUGCGGCAAAGCCUUCAAACGCUCCAGCCACCUGCAGAGACACAAGCACAUCCACACAGGCCAGAGGAACUUUGUGUGCCCCAUCUGCGCCAAACGCUUCAGGGAGGCCGGUGAGCUGCAGCGCCACCAGAGGGUCCACACCGGAGAGAAACCCUACCAGUGCCAACUUUGCCACACGCGCUUCGCCGAGCGCAACACGCUACGCCGGCACACCAAGCGCAAACACCCGUACCACCAAGUAGCCAUGGAAAUGCUGAACGAGAGAAGGGACGGAGGAGGAGGAGGAGGCGUGGGAUCCGGAGUGCAGGACGAAGAGGAGAGCGCCGAAUGGUACAGCUCCACCGUGUCCAAUCUGGAAAACUCUGACUCCGAGGUGGAAACUUAGAAGAGUUUUCUGCAGGUAAACUCCGAAGUGAACGGAAGGAGGGGGAUCACAUCUCUGGUUAAAGGCUAAACUUGUCAUUUUUUAACACUAAAAAAGGGAGCACUUGCAAUAUUUAUUUCAGUGAUUUUAAGCUAAUUCUUUUUAACAAAUGUAUAUUACUCCCAUUCCAAGUAGCGGUGGGAGCUUCAUCGGCUUCGACCUCAUUAUUGAUUUUGACGUUAGCACUCCUAAUGAAAAAGUUGCAUACGUGUCUAUGCACAUGAAAUAGGAACGCACAUGCGUGAAUUUAAGUUCAUAAUAUUAAUCAGACUGCCACGUGAAGUCGCAUUCCUUUUCAAUCCAAAAUGAAACCCUCAAGUGCUCAGAAAAGAAGGAUAACUUAUUUACUCUGAACAGUCCUUCGCUCGAGCUGUGUACAUAAAGAGCGAUAUUUCUAAGAGCUGCACUUCUGCACUUCUGCACUAUCUUAUGUGAAGGAUGUAAUCUACCUUUCUUACCGUCAGAGACACUGUGAGUCAUUUGAGGUACUUGUUUUAUUUCAAUAUUCACGUUACAUUGUGAAGGAAAACGGUCGUAUUUCUUUUGCAGCUGCAAAGUUGUAGCUGUCAACUUUAAGUGUGUAACUCAUCAUGUGAGUAUUUGACCAAAUGUUUUUGAGUUAUUCCUGCAAACAAAAUAUUCAGAUGAUUCAGAUUUUUGAUUUGUCUCAUGUGAGUUAUGUUAAUUUAUUUGAAUUAAAUUUUGUCAACAUACAAUCA